GGCCGCCGCGGGCCGAGCGGCAGGAAGUGCCUGAUGGUGGUGGCCCAGGAGGAUGGGCGCUGAGUCUGGCUCCGCUCGAGCUGGAUUUGGGAUGUGCACUCGGGCACUUGCGGGUCCCGCCCCGAUCUCUCCUCCUCCAUCCACUCCCUGAGAUGAGAGCCCACUGUGCGCGGGGCAUCCUCCUAGGCACGUUGGCCUUUUAAGGGUAUUUGAGAAUUCCAAGAUGAGAAAGACUGGAGGAAAAAAGCGUGGAAACGAGACGUAGAGAGUGUCUCUAGUGGAAACAUGGAACUAGGAGCCAUCAGGACCUGGUUUUUGUUCAUCUAGUAAUCAUCACUAUGAUUUUGGACAAGUCAUUUACUUCACUGGGCCUCAAGUUUCUUCAUCUGUAAAAUUGGAAGAUCCUUCUCUGGAAUUUUGGGAUUAUAGAGAUCAAAAAAACCUGAAUGCCAGAAUGGAUAACCGUUUUGCUACAGCAUUGGUAAUUGCUUGUGUGCUCAGCCUCAUUUCUACCAUCUAUAUGGCAGCAUCAAUCAGCACAGAUUUCUGGUAUGAAUAUCGAAGUCCACCAGAACCCGAAAAUUCCAGUGAUUCAAAUAAAGUCAGUGAUGAAUUUUCUGACAGUGAUUCUGAUGAAAAGACUUAUAAUGACUUACUUUUCCGGCAUAAUGGCACAAUGGGAUUGUGGAGAAGAUGUAUCACUCUGCCCAACAGAAGCUCACCUUGGAAUAGCUCUCCAGAAAAGACAGAAUCAUCUGCCUUGGUCACAGAAUGUUACAGUUUUACCCUGUCAGAGCAGUUCAUGGAAAAGUAUGUGGAGCCUGGAAACCACAAUACUGGGAUUGAUCUACUCCGGACCUAUCUUUGGCGCUGCCAGUUCCUUUUACCAUUUGUUAGCCUAGGUUUGAUGUGCUUCGGGGCUUUGAUUGGACUUUGUGCUUGUGCCUGCCGGAGUCUGUAUCCAACUAUUGCCACAGGAGUCCUUCAUUUCCUUGCAGGUCUGUGUACACUGGGCUCAGUAAGUUGCUAUGUUGCUGGUAUUGAACUGCUGCAUCAGAAGCUGCAGCUGCCUGAGAAUGUGAAGGGUGAAUUUGGUUGGUCCUUCUGCCUGGCCUGUGUCUCAGCCCCCUUGCAGUUCAUGGCUGCCGCACUGUUCAUCUGGGCAGCCCGUACCAACCGAAAAGAGUACACACUAAUGAAGGCCUACCGGGUGGCAUAGACGGGCUGCCACUUCAAUUACAGUUUGCUACACUACAGUAUUUUUUAAUGUCCAUCUUAUUCUCAUAUCUUUCUCCUCUGUCCCCUGCCUUUUUCCCAACCACUGUGGACACAGUUCCAUUCUGGAUGUUUAUUUGCAUUGUUUUCUUACCCUUAACUUUAAAUCUGUAUGGUGUUCUUUUAGAAAUCACACCCUUCAUAUGUCCAACUAGAUCUAGAUCCAGAGUCCAGUAAAGAGAGAUGAGUAGAUAAAGAGCAUAAAUUUAUCUAGAGAGUAAUUGUCACCUGAGUGAAGCUGAUGUAAAUCAAAUUUAAGGAGAAGAGACUUUGAGGUAAAGGUAAAAUCAGAGUAUUUAUGUUAAAUUUGUGGUACUCUAUUUUAUAAGUCUCUUAUGAUUAUCACAACUUCUUUAGUUUCACUUUUGUGUAGAACCUAUCAUCCAUGAAUAUUAGUGCUGUUUUCAAAUGUUAUUAAACUUUAUGUGAUGGAAAAAAAGAUGAGUCACAUUUCUAACCUUUGAAGUGUAGCUUCAUCUAAGGUGAAAUACAGCAGCUCUUUUGAACUGCGCUGGGCAUAAAACGUUUGAGCAAGGAUGUGAAAAUAGAUAUUUUAGUUGAAGCUUUGUUUAUGGAUCUGAACUACCACUACUGGAAGUUAGCUCAAACAGCAGGCUAUUAACUUUUUACUUCCUUUAAAAUUUCAGUGUCCUGGAUCACUUCCCUCAUGCAUUGUCCUACUGAAAGAUAACAAUGCUUUUUAAUAGUGUGUUGGGGUCAGGGAAUUGAAUGCCCCAACUGCCAUCUAAGUCAGUUUAAACACUCCUUCAGAACAUUUAUCCAGAAGAAGGUUAUUCCUCCAGAUCUAAGGCUUUGGUUGCUUAUUAACGACUGUGGUCUUUAUUUCCUGUGAUGGAAUGAGGUGCCUUUCCUCACCCAGACCUCUUUCUUCAUGGACAUCUCAGCAUUGUUUAAUUUCUUCUAAUUCAGUUAUUUUUAUAAAUAUGUGUAUAAACUUUUGAACUUUUAAAAUCCUAUUUAUUUAUUCCAUUUCUGUAGAACAUGGCAGGUUUUUUAAAGAAAAUGUAACAUAGUAAUUUCUUACCAUGUCCCAAAUCUGUUGUUUAAAAAAUAAAAUCAAAUCAGAAAAGAGC